CGAUCUUCCAGCUUAUAAAAAGCAUCUCAUAGGACUCUCAACUUCACCAAAGUCAUAUCUUCUUGUACCACUCUCCUUCAAACAUAGUCAGAGAAAAACAGCAACUCUUGUCUGAAAAAUCAGAGAGAGAGAGAGAGAGAAAAAGAAUGGAUCAAAAUGUGCUAGGCACUCAAGUAUACCCCUACACGACCCAAACCCAUGGCCAGUGCAUCAUCGUUAACCAGAUCGAUGGAUCAUCAUCAGGCGAAGGAUCAAAGCCGGUGAAGCGGCGGAGGAGGAGGAGGAGCAAAGGGUCGUCUGCCACGAGCGAAGAUGACAUGACGGCGAUCGGAGUGAUGUUGAGGAAGAGGAAGUUGACCGAUGAGCAAGUGAAUAUGCUCGAAUUCAGCUUCGAGAACGAGCACAAGCUUGAGUCAGGGAGGAAAGAGAAGAUCGCCGCAGAGUUAGGUCUCGACCCGAGACAGGUGGCUGUUUGGUUCCAGAACCGCCGUGCACGGUGGAAGAACAAGAAACUCGAGGAAGAAUACGCCAAACUGAAGAGCCAACACGACACCGUCGUCCUCGGCCAAUGUCAGCUCGAAUCUCAGGUAUUAAAACUGUCGGAACAAUUGAGUGAAGCUCAAAACGAAAUUCGAAAACUUUCCGAGCGACUUGCUCAAGAAACAUUAACAAACAGUCCGAGUUCACCUCGUUCUGUUGAAGCCAAUGGUGCACCAAUUCAUUUCGAGUUUCCGCCGGAUGUUAAUUACAACAUCCCGUUUUACAUAUCGGAUAAUAGUUACUUGCAGAACAUGGAGUAUUGGGAUGGUUUGUAUGUGUAAUUUUAACAACUAAAAUAUUUAGAGUCUAUGGAUCGAAAAUCAUGUUUAAAUUAAUGUAUAAAUAGAUGUUUGUCAACCUGUUGUAAAUGCAGUGUUUAAAAUAUUUUUAUUUUAAUAAAUAACUUUGUUUCUCAA